AUGCUGGACGUCAACACUAUCGAGCCACAGCGCUACAUUCCCAUGUUUGGCCUCAGCGGUCUGGGAUUCCAGCUUCAAGGCGUUCUGCUCCAGAGCCCUUUCAAAGCCUCGUCGUCUCUCCUGUCCACCAGCAGCGGCGAUCGCAACUCCAACACCUCGGCGUCGGGACUGGCCACACCCACACUCUCUUCCUCUUCCUCCUCAGACUCGACGUCGGAAAUCCUCGAUCUUGACAAUGGUCCUUCGCGAUACGCUGCGUACGCGAUGCGACUCAAGACGGUCAUCAGUGCAUCUUCGCGCUACAUCGCCUACUCAUCUGACAUCGGUGAAGCCUUUCGACCGCUCACAAAGCCUUACGUUGUUAGGGGAGCCUACGCCAUCUCGUGGACUUACAUCCUCGGCGAUGUAGCUUAUGCAGGUUACAAGGCUGCUAAGCAAUACGAAGCACUCGCUUCCACUACCUUUUCUGCCGCUGGACCGUUGCAAGAGUUUGAAACCAAAGCUGCUAGGUACGCUGAAAAAGCUCUCGCCGAGAUCCGCGAGGAUCUCCCUCUCGAAAAGGUGCUCGAUUCUAAGACUCUCUCGGCCCUCUCACCGACGGAGAAAGUAGAGUUGCGCAAGCGACACACGCAACGUCUCGCCAAACAGGGUGAACAUGCAGGUGUCGACCCGAAUCGCGUCUCGGAAGCAACGCAUGUCGGGCUGACUAUGGCCAGACAAGCCGUUUUCCAGAGCAUCGCUUCCAUGGCGUUGCCCGCUUUCACAAUUCACAGCAUCGUAAGGUACUCGGCACCGCUGUUCGCAAAGGCGAAAAGUCAGAGGAUUCGCGCAGCCGGCCCAACGGUGGCUGGUUUGAUGUUUGUGCCCGCACUGCCGUUCCUGUUCGACGAAUCUGUGGAGCACGUGGUGGACUUCGCGUUCGAUUGGAUCCAGGAGAGAAUCGUGGGCGGAUCCCAGGCUGCGCAAAAGGUGGUGGAGGCGGCAAAGGAGAAGAUUCUUUGA